UGAUGCAACGCACCGGUAAAGAUUCCGCGAAAUUUUAAUUUUCCGAAAAAAUCACAAAGUUAAUAAAUUGCAUAUUUAGAGAUGCCUAUGGCUUUGUCGACACAAACAGCAUCAGAAGAUGAACAAUAUGUCCUCAUAGCAAAGAUUGAUAGCGCAAGAAAUGUGUCGAACAUUUUGAAAGCCAUCCAUUUCAAAGAGACAGCAACAGUGUUUGCCAGCCCAAUGGGAUUGAAGGUGACAGUAGAAGAUGCCAAAUGUAUCCAAGCAAAUGCAUUCAUACAAGAGGGAAUCUUUCAGGAAUACACAAUUAAGGAAGAACAGCUCACAUUUAAAAUUAACCUUACAGUCCUUUUGGAAUGUUUGACUAUAUUUGGAAGUGGACCAGUUGCAGGCUCUGCUACCAGUUUAAAGAUGUGCUAUGGUGGUUAUGGGUGUCCUUUAUUGCUUAUUCUAGAGGAGGAUGGUGUUCUCACAGAUUGUAGCAUUAAAACAUUAGAACCAGACGAAGUUCUCGACUUCAACUUCUCCAGUACAAAUGUCAUCAAUAAAAUCAUUAUGAAGUCUGAAUGUCUGAAGGAAGCAUUCAGUGAACUAGAUAUGACCAGUGAUGUUCUCGAAUUCCUCAUGUCACCUGAUGCUCCGCACUUCAGACUCUCAACAUUUGGAAAUGCUGGUAGCACAUUCUCUGACUUUCCGAAAGAUUCAGACAUGAUGGAAUCAUUUCAGUGUGCACAGACACAGACUAAUAGAUAUAAAGUCUCACUGUUAAAGCCGUCAGUGAAAGCGUUAGCGUUGUCGUCAAGGGUAUCAAUACGUACAGAUAAUCGUGGGUUCCUCUCACUGCAAUACAUGAUUAAGAAUGAAGAUGGACAGGUUUGCUUUGUUGAAUAUUAUUGUGCACCUGAUGAAGAUGUUGAUGAGCCGGAACAUUGAAGAUCUACGACUAUAAUUGGAGAGCAGGUGCUUGUUGUUUGUCAAUACAGAAACAGACUAUAGAACUUCCCCAUUGUAGCUUAUAAAUACAGAAACAAACUGUAGAACUUUUCCCUCGAUUGUACUGUUGUAUUUUUCACAGAGUUGUAUGAACAGUAUGUUUUGUAUGGAACAAGUCAAGAACUACCUCACUAACGAAAACUUCUAUUCAAGGAUAUAAAAACCAAAAAAUGUGUUGUUACUGUAUUAGAAUACAGUACAAAUGCGAGUCUUUCAUAAAUCUUAUGAAGAUUUGCUCAGUAAAAGAGAUCAAAGUCACUGUGUGUCUGAUAGCAUAUACUAAGAGUUUGACUAUGAAGAAUGUUCUGGUAUAAAAUUGACUGAUUCAUUUUCUUCAUAUUGAAAAGGGAUAUAAGUAGGGUAAUACAGACUUGACUACAAUGGUUGUCUGUCUGGAUGCAUUUUCAGUUGGAAUGGUGUCUUGGUUGUUGAUAAGCAGAGAAUUUCUAUGAGGAUCGUUGAAACUGCACUUAGGAAAGCUGCGAGUCAUUAGACAUGUGUUGUCAAAGAGCUUGUCAAUGACUAAUUUGAUGUUGAGUAACAGAAAUUGGAAAAAGAAAAAUGGAAGUAUAAAACCAUUUUUUUAGUUCACAUGUCACAAGUGACAAAGUGAGCUUUUGUGAUCAUGCAGCGUCUGUCGUCCGUUGUCCGAGCGGACGUCCGUCCGUAAACUUUGGCUUGUGACCACUCUAGAGGUCACAUUUUUCAUGGGAUCUUUAUCAAAGUUGGUCAGAAUGUUUAUCUUGAUGACAUCUAGGUCAAGUUUGAAACUGGGUCACGUGCGGCCCAAAACUAGGUCAGUAGGUCUAAAAAUAGAAAAACCUUGUGACCUCUCUAGAGGCCAUACUUUUCAAUGGAUCUUCAUGAAAAUUGGUCAGAAUGUUCAUCUUGAUGAUAUCUAGGUCAAGUUCAAAACAGGGUCACCUGCCAUCAAAAACUAGGUCAGUAGGUCAAAUAAUAAAAAACCUUGUGACCUCUCUAGAGGCCAUAUUUUUCAUGGGAUCUGUAUGAAAGUUGGUCAGAAUGUUUAUCUUGAUGAUAUCUAGGUCAAGUUCGAAACUGGGUCAACUGUGGUCAAAAACUAGGUCAGUAGCUCUAAAAAUAGAAAAACCUUGUGACAUCUCUAGAGGUCAUACUUUUGAAUGGAUCUUCAUGAAAAUUGGUCAGAAUGUUCACCUUGAUGAUAUCUAGUUCAAGUUUAAAACUGGCUCACGUGCCAUCAAUAACUAGGUCAGUAGGUCAAAUAAUAAAAAAAACUUUGUGACCUCUCUAGAGGCCAUAUUUUUCAUGAGAUCUGUAUGAAAGUUGGUCAGAAUGUUCACUUUGAUGAUAUCUAGGUCAAGUUUGAAACUGGGUCACCUGCCAUCAAAAACUAGGUCAGUAGGUCUAAAAAUGGAAAAACCUUAUGACCUCUCUACAGGCCAUAUUUUUCAAUGGAUCUUCAUGAAAAUUGGUCAGAAUUGUUAUCUUGAUGAUAUCUAGGUCAAGUUUAAAACUGGGUCACAUGAGCUCAAAAGGUGUCAGUAGGUCAAAUAAUAGAAAAAACGACGUCAUACUCAGUUCAAAAGUGGGUCAUGUGGGGACAGGUGAGCGAUUCAGGACCAUAAUGGUCCUCUUGUUAUUUUUAAUGGUGUGGUGUUCCCAUCUUGCAGCAUUUUUUUAAUUGUUGAUGGUCAUAUGUGCCUGAAAUGAAAUGAUGAUGUUUUUAUUGUUAAAGAUGUUAUUAUAAGAAAAAUAAAGAAAUAAAAAGUUUCAUGAAUUUUUGAGAAAAUUAAAUCAGAAUAAGCUGAAUCAGAA